CCUCAUCACAGUCAAACCAUCGCCAUGGCACAAUUCCCGCCCGUAUUCCGCCGUCUACGGCGCCCACUUCGCCGAGGCCCCCUGCCACGUCUCCUGGCCACCAUCACCAUCGCCCUCGUCUCCUGUGCUGUGGGAUUAUACCUGCUCCUGGCGUACCCGCUGGCGGACGAUCCCCGGCUGGUGCCGGCCAGCCUGCAGCGCGCGCGCAACAUCCUGCUGGUGACCGCGCACCCGGACGACGAAACGCUCUUCUUCAGCCCGACCAUCCUCUACCACCGCUCCAACCCCGAGGUGACUCGCGCCCUGCUGGUCCUCUCCUGCGGCAACUACAACGGGCUCGGCGACACCCGCCAGGCCGAGAUCCACCGCAGCUGCGACCGUCUGGGCAUCGCCCUGGAGCGCUGCAUCGUCCUCGACCGCGGCGACCUCCAAGACAACCCCAAGGCCUGGUGGGACCAGGACCUCAUCCGCGAGGUCGUCGCGCAGUACGUGCAGCAGUGGCAGAUCGAUCUGCUGUACACUUUUGACGACGGGGGUGUUUCGGGGCAUGUGAAUCACCGUGCUGUGAGCGGGGCUGUGCGAAAAUUUGUCCAAACCACCCCCACCGCCCCGCCCACCUACAUGCUACAAAGCGUCUUCCUGCUGCGCAAAUACGCCUCGCUGAUCGACCUGCUCCGCACCGCGCUGCCCUUCACCGGGCGCAUCCUCCGCGCGCUGAUGGUCAGUCCCCCGCAUGAUCCCAGCCUUGUGGUGGCGGGCCGGUACGAGGACACGGCGCUGCUGGUCAGCUCGUGGGAGACAUACCGCGUGGCGCGGGCGGCGUUCGCGCAGCACGCGAGCCAGUACUCGUGGGACCGCGUGUUGUAUUUGGUGGUUAGUCGGUAUAUGUGGUUCAAUAACCUGGUGCGCGUGCAGUAGCUCCUCGGGGGUUGAUUUCAUGGAGUUGUUAUUUGGGGAGUGGUUUAAGAGGAUACGAACUACCGGGUCCGGAAUUAGGGCACGCACUGGAAACCACGAAUCUACAGUACAGGUUACGAUUGAUACCACGAAUAUGAACAAUGAAACUAAUGUACA